UGCUUACUACCUUUCGCGGCGGAUCAUGUUCCACUCCUCCUGGACCCAAAAAUCGAAGGGAAACGCUUGGAAAGUCAGCUUGAAGGGAGUGCGAGCCUUUGCGACAAACCAAAACAAGUCCAUCAAUUGAUUCCUUAAUAAGCCGGAAAAUCUGUCAUCAAACCCUUUUCGACCCUUCAUUCGCGGUAAUAGAGUAUCCUCAUUGGGAUAUGAGCCAUAUCUCGCCCCAUUUAAUGGAAAAUGAAAUCCAAUGGCAACUGAUCCCCGUUCGAAAGUGCACUAUGGUGGCCAAUCGAUACGGUCAUGGUUCAUUUGGGUUCAGAAACACCCUUACGGGAUCAGAUGACGUGUUUGUGAUUGGAGGCAAUCACAAGGAAGACCUGGCUGGGAAGUUCUCAAUUGCCAAACUCCAAUUGUAUAGACAUUUGCAAGACGGAUCAGUGGUUGAGGCUGGAUAUCAUCGGCAAAUGGUUCAUCAUGCCUCCGAAUCGGACAAACGCUUCCCUCGAUGGGGAUUUGCAUAUGCUUAUUGCGAGGAAGAACAGAGGUUCUUCAUGCACGGCGGUUUUGAUACUUUAAACGACCACUCCGACACGCGGUUUUUCAGCCCUGAACACCGGAGCUGUUCAACUCUGGGAUCAGAUGGAGGUGGUCCAUCCCCUCGAGGCUAUCAUUCUGCCACAUAUGUUCCCAAAAAGAGCAAUAGAAAACUCCAGAGUAAUAUGGUGAUCACUUUUGGUGGACAAACUUGUCUGGGUGGUCCGUACAUGUAUUUCAAUGACGUUCAUGCCUUAGACCUAGAGUCUUUAAACUGGACUCACUGGCGAUGUGAGGGUGACGUGCCUUCAGCCAGAUCACAAACCUUUGCCUUCACUUGGCGAGGUCAAAUGUACGUCUACGGAGGCUACAACGGUCGCAAACUGUUUACCGAUCUGUUCAAACUCGAUUUACUCACCCAACAAUGGACACGGCUGAUGACGACAGGUGAUCAUCCUAAUACCUUAAGUGGAUUGGUUCCCAAGAACUUCCGCAUAUUUCCAUGUAAGCCUUGCGGACUCCUCGUGGGCAACAAACUGAUAUUAGUCCUCGAGGAUUAUGCCACUUCAACUAUGGACGCGUACGUGCUUCAUCUACGAUCCAUGCGAUGGAUCCAACUCAAGGGCUACAGUUCUCAUGGGACCGUUCCUCAGGAGGAUGUUCUGCUGCCCGUGGAUGAGCCGUUCAAUCCACCCGCACGCGGCAACGGCACUCUUGUUAGGAGUGGCGAGCACCUCUAUGUGAUAGGCGGGACGGAACGGCACUUAUCCAAGACAAAAUGUCCUGCUCCGCAUUUAUGGCAGUUGACCUUACCCAGGGCCAUGAGUUGGGAUCGGGAGAGGAUCCUCUGGUUGGCUUGUUUCAAAAACAACCCUUGGGACUGCCAUUUGGCUAGGUGCCCACCUCAUAUCAUAUACUACAUCAUCACUCUAGUUAACACAAAUAGCUUUAACUUGAAGAGCUGGAUGUAACCAAUUGUAAUCAAUUUAAAACAAUGUUACCCCGAAAUGCUCCCCAUUCCUCUCUUCCGGUUCAGCCUGGUAUCGUGCAUCGCUAACAAAAACACGGCGCUUAAAAUGCUCUUGGGUAUGUUCCAAUUAUGCUCUUGAGACUAUUGUUGGCACCUGUUGAUAUCUGUAAAAUGUUGGAUCCAAAAAGCUUAAAAGUCUCGAAAUCAUGACUGUAAUUUACCUAGUGGCAGUUUAAGUACGUGCAAAGAUACACAAUGAAGGCACUUGUUGCAUCCAUCAGUAAUGUCUAUCACUGAGAUAAUAUUUUCAGAUGACGCAUUUCUCCCUAAAGCCUUUCCUAAUCGAUUGCCUUCAUUUUUCCUCAUUGUUUACGUUUAGAUUCCGUCUCAGGUAACUGGCUCUAAACGUUUCAUUUUUGUGCUGUACGUAGGUUGUGAACCUUCUCGAACACAUAUCGCUCGAAUUUAAACAAAGGUUGUUGACGCCCAUCCAAGUACCUAUCCAAUAACG